AUGAAAAAUAGGUGGAAAUCCAUACCUCACUAUUCAAGAUUGGUGGCCGGAGGAGAGGGAACGGAGCCAGUGACUUUUCAUUUAAAACCGGCGGUUUCUUCUGCUUCGUGGCUGUUGCGGCUGUGGGGUUGGUUGGGGAGUGAUGGGGAAGGGAUGGUGGUUCAGGCCGGUCCUGUCUGGGGCUGGUUGGCGUCGGUGGUCGUGGUUUAUGUGGUUAAACUUGUCAGUCACGUUACAUAUGGAGACUAG